AUGAGGGGAAUCUGGUUCACUGUUGCGGCUUUCCUUUCUUUGGGAACCUCGAGCUUUGCCGUUGCUGCUGCCUGCAACUCGAGCGCCCUCAACACCACCACCUAUCUCUAUGAUAUCACCAAAGAAGGCACCACUGUCUUUGACAUUGCGCGUGCCACCAAGCGCGGAGUCUGUGACAUUGGCCGCCAGAACUUGAUGGCUGAUGUCAACAUCCCGCCCAAUGUUGGUGAAUUGUUCCUGAUCCCCCCCGAGACCUGCACCCCCGACAACGAAUCAUGCUUGAUCAAGGACGAGGGACGGACCCGUACCUGCAUUUACGGCGGUCCUCGCUUGUACUACACCGUCAAGGGCGACACCUACGAAAAGGUUGCAAUCCGUCUCAACAUCACGACCGACUCUCUUAUGGCCGGGGCCACACAUGGUGGCGCCAGCGGACCCGCCAAUGAAACCUUGUCAGUGGGGCAGUUCCUCAAAAUCCCCGAGUGCUCGCCCAGCCAGUGCAUUAUUCAACCCUAUUCCUUCAAGUGGGGUGUGUACAAGGACCUCGCCGAGAAGUACGGUACCACAGUUGGCCAGAUCAUGAUGCUCAGCCCGACAUACAACUACAGCAGUCUGGCUUUCUCUUCAGGCGGUACUUUCCCUCCGAUUAAUCUUCCGAUCAACUGUACCGCUUUGUCCAACAACAUGACUGUUCUGAGCUAA